GGUCUGUUAUGAUAAAUAUGAUGAAAACAAUCCAGAAUUGAAAACAAUUGUAGAUAAAACCAAUCCAAAUAAUUCAUUGGAUAAUAAUAUUCAAUCAGCAAAAAUACAACGAAAUACUUCAUUUUCAUCACAAGCUUCAUCAUCUUCAGCACAAACCUC